GCCAACAUCAUUGGGGAGACCAUUCGAGCGAUGCACACGCUCAGCAUCCAGCAUGGCAGCCUCAAGACCUACCUCAACAAGGAGUUGGACAGCUUCACUGCGAAGAAGGAGUUCCUUGAGUACCUCAAGCGAGUGUUCCCCGAGAAAGACGACGUUCACUACGAGCAUGGCGUGUUGGACCCGAUCCUGGAGAUGGAUAGGGCAGGGUCUUUGCCUCAAUGUGUGCAUGUCUCAGCGCUGAGCUUCCUGCCUGCAUGCAGCCUCAAGCCUCCGCCAGGCUGCGACGUCACAGAUCAAUUGGUCGGUGAGAUAUUCCAGGACGGCUUCGUAACGGCUUCGGACCCUUUGUUGGUUACUCAACCAGCUGAGCUUGCAAGUCUUAGCGAGGAUGACGAUGCGCGUGGCUUCUAUCUUGGCUAUGCCAAGGGUCAAGCCCGCGCUGUGGCCAUCUUAUCCAUCCUGCUCUACUUCAUGAAGAAUGAGUACGACCUCAAAGUGGUGCAUCUGAAGCUUUAUGAGAGCAUCCUCGCCAUCUAUGUGCAUUCCAUGAAAGUGAACUCCAAAGAAGAAGAGGCCCUUCUGAACAUGAAGCUCUCGUGCAGAGGUUCGAUCCGGCGUGCUAACAACAUCGUGGAAGUGGUCUUCAUGCUGCAGAACCUCUCGAACCGUUAUGGCAUGAGCGACUCAGCUGGCUUCGUGCGCCGGUGGAACAACAUGUCUUCCAAGCAGUUCCAGAUCACUGGGAAGAGGGCUGUGGCCUUGAAGCAGCUACUGGAGGUGGCACCCAAGAAAGCCCUCGAUUCCAUCUUGGCUCACGUGGGGAACCUGGGCUGGCAGCAGUGCGCGUGGUCCGAGGAGGUGCUGUCCAACAAGAAGAUCUACCCAAAGUUCAACUUCCCUUGCAAAUCUAAGAAGUGGAUCCCACGAGUGAGGACCACUGACGAGAGCCUCUGCUUGAUGAUCGAGCGGGUCCAGAACCUACAUGAAGCUCAGAACCAGAUGCUGCGCAUGAAGAUGACCCCGCAUGUGGCAGAGAUGAUGGCUGAGAGCGCAGCUGCUGUGCUUGCCAUUGCGCAGGAGAUCAGCUUGACCGCGCCGAUUGACGAUGCGAAGCUUCAAUCAUCAUGGGUGCGAGCAUGGGCUGAGGGCUCGGACCACGUGCACACGGAGAUCCAGAUGGGGCUGAUGGAGAAGAGCGACAGCUUCGACCCGGCAGUACACCUAUCAACGAUGAAGCGCCUACUGGACGAGCACAUUUUCCAGGCCCCCCUGGCGCCUGCAGAAGAGGUCAAGCGGUCCCUCGACGUGGACGAAUUCAACCUGGACAUGAAAAAACUAGAGUACGAUACUACGGUGUUCGAAAACUGGGAGAAGAAGUGCGAUAAUGUUGUCGCUGCCCGCUACCAUGCAGAGCAGGAGCACAAGAUGAAGAUAAAGGGCCAAUGUAGGAAAGCAGCCGAGAAGUUCCUGAGUUCGUGCGUGAAGAUUUCAGUCCUGACGGGCAAGGUGGAGGAGUGCAUUGCAGACAUCAUUGCCUUCAAGCGCGACACGAUCCAGAAGAAGACUGGAAUCUCCAUGGACGGGCUGCCCACGCUUGUCAUGCUGAACUGGACCACCCCAUGCUCGUCUCACAAUGAGGAUUUCGACAAGCAGGCGAAGGUUCUCAACUGGAUCCUGCACGAGAAUAUCAAGAACGUCGCUUGUGUGCUUCUCCCGGUGUACUCGUACAACCGCGGGAAGCUGUACAUGGAGGAAGUGAAAGCAGUGAAGGCCAUUGGCGAUGCUGGGCACAACCCGGACAGCAGCUUCAGCCUGCUCUUCAAAGACCAAGUCGAUCCGAGGGACAGGCGGCCGAUGAGCUACCCUGGGAGGCUGGUGUUUCCAGCGGGGUGUUCAGAACUAAAGGACCACCCGUUCUUCACCUGCCAGCUGAGGGUCAUCGGGCGCACCAAGGAAGCGAACCAGAUUCCUGGCAAAAAGAUGAAGAUUAUCGAGGAGCUCUGGAAACGCAAGGGCAAGUGCCUCCUUGAGAGCCUCACAACUGGGGCAAACCUAGGAUCGCACAAGGCGUGUUUCAUUCUGGACCUCAAUAUCAAGUGCGGCGAAUUCCUGGAGUCCUUCAUCUCCCAGCGCAACGUCCUUUCCACCAGUUUCUUUUACAUGGGGAUUGCGGAGACGAUGCUGGAAUACACGUGGGUAAUCCAUUCGAUGCAGGAGCUCGCAGAAGAAAAAAUCAAGGACGGUUCCCUCGAGGUCCCAGGGCUCAAGAUGGACUCCAAACUCAACGACGACCUCCUGGAACCUUAUCCGGCUCUUCCAAAGAUGAAUAUGCUGGUGGUUAGCGGACCAGACAAGAACAAAUUGUUCAUCCCGGUCGAGGUGGUGAAGAAGUGGCAGAACCAUCCGCAGUUCGGGGGUCAGUUCAGCGAGUGGCUGGACAAGUUCACCAAGAAGCAUGGGGUCAUCGAGGACACGACCAAGGCACCUGGUGCUGGUGCUGGUGGUGCUGGAGUCCCCAAUCCCCUCAAGCGUGCAGCUGACGGUAACGAUGGGAUCCCCUCCCCAGCGAAGAAGCAGAAGGUUGCUGAUGUCUGCGUGGUGGACGCCUCCAGCAUCCCCCAUGCGCUCCUCUGGGAGGUAAAGGUCAACACAAGCGUCCAAGUCCAGCUUCAGAUCCGCGCUAACCACAACAUCUACCUCAUCAACAAGGAGUCCAAGGAUAUCAUCAUUGCAAUUCACACGAUGCUGGCGCAGUUCGGGAAGGGAAGCUUUAAGAUUCUCACACAAGAGGAGCUAGACAAGAAGAAACACCACCAGUGGGAGAUCAAGGACGAGAAGGAGCUGGUGGUGAUGAACAAUGUGGUGCAAACUGUGGGAGCAGCUAUGCAGGCUGUUGCCAAUGGGGUGCCGAAGCUCGCCUACCACAAGAUCACGAUCAACGACGCAGACCCGAAGUGCUUCACUGCUGAGCUCACUCACAAGAUUGCUUUCGUGGCUGCUGAAACUAGCUCAGAACAGGCUGCAGUCACCCCGGCCAACAUCGCAUCCAAGGAGCUCCCAAGUGUGUGGAUGAACGAGGGCACCAUAGUCAUGUGGAUGGUGCGCUGGAACUCGACCAAAGGAUUGAUGCCGAUCAAGCCUGCAGUCUACCUCAAGGGAAAUGUGACGCUGGGGGCGGGCAAGGCGUGCCACUGCUCAGCGGUGGCCACUGCUGCGUGA